AUGGCUCUCAGCUUCUUUAGUGGUGGCGGAAGCGCAAGCAAUGCCAAGUAUUUCGAUAUCCGAUUGAACGAAGAUUACAUCGUGUUCCGUGGCGGCGAGCAUGAGGCUGCCAGCGCCCACCUUAAGGGAACCUUGGUGCUCUGCCUGUCCGAGCCCCUCGCGAUUAAACACAUUCGACUAGAACUGACUGGCAUGUCUCGUGUCUGUUGGCACCUACCUUCCAGCUCGACCGCCGGCGGCCGCAAGUCCUGGAGAGAGCGAGUGUUCUACGACAAGACAUGGCGAUUCCGAGACCCCGGCAAGGGCAAGACCGAGAUCCUGGCGGCGGGCAACUACGAAUACCCAUUUGACGUCGUCCUCGAAGGUUCCAUGCCGGAGAGCGUGGAAGGACUGUCGGAGACCUGGGUUAUGUACCGCUUCAAGGCUGAGAUUGGACGCAAGUACGCCAAAGAUAUUGUGGCGCGCAAGCCCUUGCGCAUCAUCCGAACACUCGACCCGAGCGCACUCGAGCUCUCGCAUGCCAUGUCUGUGGAUAAUAUCUGGCCGAACAAGAUCGAAUACUCCAUCAGCACACCGAACAAAGCAGUCAUUUUCGGUACCUCGAUUCGGGUGGAUUUCAAGUUGAUACCGCUGUUGAAGGGCUUGCGCAUCGGACAAACUACCUCCCAGCUGAUCGAAAGUCACGACCUUACACUCAAUCCCGAAGACCCCGACUCCAUCCGGAAUACCUACAAGAUUACUCGCACAAUUCUGACCGAUGAGCACGGUGUGGAUGAAAAUAAUGUUGAGCUCAUCGACGACGCGGCCGAGGGCUACCAAUUUACCCGUUAUUUGGAUAUGCCUUCAACAUUGACUCGGUGUCUGCAAGAUACAGACACAAAAGGCAUCAAGAUUCGCCACAAAUUGAAGUUCCGCAUUCAACUCCAUAACCCAGACGGCCACAUCAGCGAACUCCGUGCUACUCUCCCGGUCUCGAUCUUUAUCUCCCCUAAUAUCGCACUUGAUGACAACAACCAAAUCCGAGACACGACCGCACAGACUGCCCACUCCGCCCAUCAACGACGAGCCGCAGAUGAGCUCGCUGCUCACCAGGCACCUCCGCUAUACGGCGAACACCAGUUCGAUCAAUUAUACAGCGAGGUGGAUCCUAAUGGAUACCGCACCCCUGGUCCCGGUAGUGGACCAAACACACCCUUCGGUCCUCUCAGUCGCAACAUCUCAGCCGAUAACCUGGCCUCCAUGAAUGCCCUGACCAACACUGAUAUCUCGGCCUCAGCCCUGCAUAGCCGUCUUUCGAGCCUGAACAACGCCGCCCGCAUGGGUCACCUGUCGCCCAACGAGCCAUCACAUGACACCCCUUCGGAGAGCCACCCCAACUCACGACAGUUGAAUGUUCACUUCAAUGACUACUUUGGACCCUCAUCUGGUUCGAACUCGCACAGUCCCAGCAGCCCUGAGCUCUCUCGCCGAACAUCUGAUGAAGUGGAUCCCGAACAUCUUCCUUCGGGGAUGGCGACUCCUUUCCACCCUCAAUAUGCUGAGGUGGAGACACUCAGUCGAGUCCCGAGCUACUCAACGGCUGUUCGCGCGGCUGUAGGCUCAUUUGACUCACACCUUCCCGACUACAAUGCCGUGAUUGCGAGCAGUAUACCGGGCACACCGCUUCUCCAAUCCCCGCAACAGGCAUACCUUCGAAGUGGUCGCAAUAGUGGCCGGGCCAGUGGAAUCUCUACCCCAUUAGAGGUGAAUCGUCCCGGCUACUUCAAUACAAACGGAGUCAGUACUGACGAUGCCGACCGCAGACUCCGCUUAGUGCAAGCCCGCGCUAGAUAG